AUGAAGUUGUCAACAACGUCUCUCUAACAUAAUCAAAAAGUUGAGCCAAACAGGUCUUGAACUUUUCCCCCAAAGAUACCACCUUUCGGAAAAUGGCAUCUCACCAUCACUACCACCCCUACCCUACGACGGCCGCAACCACCCCCACCACCACCAUCUGUUACUGCUACUCUUGUCACCCCACCCCCUCACCAUACCUUCCACCCCUAAAUCCACACUCCACUCCCCCUUAUACCCACUACCCCCCUCCACAGCCUCACUUCUGUACUUCCCAUCUAGUCCCACCACCACCAUCGCCGCCGCCCACUCAUACCCAAUGCCAAUGUGAAAACGUUCACCAAAAUCAUCAUCAUUUUCAAGAAUUGAAUAAUCAAGCCAACAAAGUAACAGACCAACAAACCCAACGAAUUGUUACAUCUCUUCUCCGUCGGAUCGCUGCCUUAGAAUCUUCCCUCCGCCGGAGCUCCUCUUCUCCUUCUGUUUCUUCUCGUUCUCGUCAAACAUUACGCGAUGCUGCAGCGCGAACUAUUCAGACCCAUUUCAGAGCUUUCCUUGCUCGUAGAUCGAGAACCCUUCGACAGCUGAAGCAGCUGGCUUCCAUCAAAACAACUCUCUAUGUUCUCAAAUCGUCAGUUUCUGGUAAAACACACUUUGAUACUCGAGCUGUUUCUCAUAGAGCGACGGAUUUACUCGUUAGACUUGAUUCUAUUGAGGGCGAUGAUCCUUUAAUCAGAGAUGGUAAAAGGUCAAUAAGCAACGAACUGACUCGAUUUAUGAAGGUGAUUAAUGGAGUUUCCAUAUUCUCAAGUAGAGUAGUGAAGAAUGUGAGAGGUGGAAACAAAGCUAGGGUCUUUUCCAGUGACCGUAAAGUAGAAUUUGACACAAAUUUUAACGGAGCCAUUGACAAAUUCGCUGCAUCAGUGAAGGAAUCUGAAGAGGAAGAGGAGGAGGAGGAAGAUCCCCAAAGCCCUAGGUUCUCUGAUACUAGAAAAUCUGGCGUUUUACGAACUAGGGGUGGUGGUUUGGCCAGGAGUUAUGGUGGGGUUAAACCCAAACAAAGGAAAUCAGUGACCUUUGCAGAGAAUGGAGAUGCUUACCUAUCUUUCCAUAGUACCAUGGAGCCUGCUUCAAUGGGGAAUGUUAAUGAGCAAGAAGCUUUUGAUUCUGAGAAAGAGCUGAUAAAAAAUCUUAGCAAAAGAGUUGAAAAGCUUGGCAUGGCAUCCAAGGGUUGUGAAGGUGAUGAGGAAGGAGAUGGAGGGUCUAGUGGAAGUAGUGAUAAUGAAAUGGAUCCAAAUUACGUUUCAAGAAAGGAUGGCUAUUAUGAAAGGAAUGUGAGAGAUGAGAAUGAUAUUAAUGAGCACGAAAAUGAAAGUUCCGUGUUCUCAGCACCUAUGCCUGUGAAGAUGGAAGCUAGAGCUGCUGAUUAUAUCAACAGGAAAAAGGGUGUCAAAAUAGUUGACAAUUGAAUAGGUUCCCAACAGGAUCAAGAUUUGAACUUUGCUCUCCUACAGGUCCUGUUGAGCAUUAACAAUUAGGUGGAAGCUAGCAUUCUGACAUUCUUGCGAAUUGUUUGUAAUUGUUAGUAAUGAUUGUCUAGAUGAGUAUUGUUAGGUUUGAUAUGGAGAGUUCACCUGUUUUGAAGUACUAAAUUUAGAUGUUUUCUUCUGUCAUUGUGGUUAUGGAUGGGAGAUCUUUUGGGUGUAAUGGAACCUUAUUCUGGGGUCUUUAAUGAAUGAUUGUUGAAGAGUUAAAAGAUGUCACAUUUUAUUCAACAUAAAUUAACAGGUGGCUAUUUCCUGGA